AUGACUAUUCUUCCUUUCACUGAAGACGGACAGGCUCGCUUUCUCUCUCUCUUCCUACUGCAUCCAACCCCCCUGCUGAAUUUCUUUAAUCUAUCAAUAUCUCUCUUCUGUCUUUCCUCCCACUUCCUCUAUACUCUCUAUAAUCCCUGUCUCAAUAUCAAUCUUUCUCCUCCCACUCUUUCUCUAUCCUUGUAUUUUUCUCUCUAUAUCCCAAUCUUUCUUUCCGUCUCUCCUCCACCUUCCUAUAAUUUCAAUCUUUCUCUCUUAUUUAGCACUAUCCCCCAUACACCUCUGUGUAUUUUUUUUCUUUUCUACAACCCUGUUACUUCUCUCCUCUUUCUACUCCCACCAACAACUUCCGCCUUUAAAAACUACUGUCUUUCUUCCCCCACCUUUUCUUAUGCCUGUGGUUUGUUCUCCCGAUACGCUAAUCUCACUGUAUCACUAUGUCUUUCGCCGCUCUCUUCUCUUCAUACUACAACCUUUUCUCCUGUCUAUAUCCAUGCCUCUCUUUCCGUCACUCCCUUCUUCCGCCAUCUUUGUAUCUCUCUUCCCUAUAUUCCUAUUUUUCGUGCGUGCUGA